GGAAGCCGGCGCGCCGCCCACCCGUCCGGGGCGAGAGCGCGCUGCGGGAGAGGCGGGCCGGGCCGGGGGCUGCCGGGCCUUCACCCCCGUGACCCCGAGCCCCUGCCGCCCUCAAGAUGAUGAAGAGGCAGCUGCACCGCAUGCGGCAGCUGGCCCACACGGGCAGCUUGGGACGCACCCCGGAGACUGCUGAGUUCCUGGGUGAGGACCUGCUGCAGGUGGAGCAGCGGCUGGAGCCAGCCAAGCGGGCAGCCCACAAUGUCCACAAACGGCUGCAGGCUUGUCUGCAGGGCCAGAGUGGGGCGGACAUGGACAAGCGGGUGAAGAAGCUUCCCCUCAUGACUCUGUCCACCACGAUGGCUGAGAGCUUCAAGGAGCUGGACCCCGAUUCCAGCAUGGGGAAGGCCUUGGAGAUGACCUGUGCCAUCCAGAACCAGCUGGCCCGCAUCCUCGCCGAGUUUGAGAUGACUCUGGAAAGGGAUGUCCUGCAGCCACUCAGCAGGCUGAGUGAGGAGGAGCUGCCAGCCAUCCUCAAGCACAAGAAAAGCCUACAGAAGCUCGUGUCUGACUGGAACACCCUCAAGAGCAGGCUCAGUCAAGCAGCCAAGAACUCAGGCAACAGUCAAGGCCUAGGAGGUGGCUCAGGCAGUUACAGUCACACCACCAUGGCCAACAAGGUGGAGACACUGAAGGAGGAGGAGGAGGAGCUGAAGAGGAAGGUGGAGCAGUGCAAGGAUGAGUACUUGGCCGACCUGUACCACUUUGCCACCAAGGAGGACUCAUAUGCCAACUACUUCAUUCAUCUCCUGGAGAUUCAGGCCGAUUACCAUCGCAGGUCACUAAGUUCACUGGACACAGCCUUGGCUGAGCUGAGGGAGAACCACAGCCAAGCAGACACUUCCCCCUCGAUGACAGCCGCCCCCUUCUCCAAGAUGUAUGGGGUGUCGCUGGGAACCCACCUGCAGGAGCUGGGCCUGGACAUCGCCCUGCCCAUCGAGGCCUGCGUCAUGAUGCUGCUUUCUGAGGGCAUGAAGGAAGAGGGCCUCUUCCGUCUGGCUGCUGGGGCCUCCGUGCUGAAGCGCCUCAAGCAGACGAUGGCCUCGAACCCCCGCAGCCUGGAGGAGUUCUGCUCUGACCCCCACGCCGUGGCAGGUGCCCUCAAGUCCUACCUGCGGGAGCUGCCAGAGCCCCUGAUGACCUUUGACCUCUAUGAUGACUGGAUGCAAGCAGCCAGCCUGAAGGAGCCGGGGGCCCGGUUACAGGCCCUCCAAGAGGUGUGCAGCCACCUGCCCCCCGAGAACCUCAGCAACCUCAGGUACCUGAUGAAGUUCCUGGCACGGCUGGCUGAGGAACAGGAGGUAAACAAGAUGACACCCAGCAACAUCGCUAUCGUCCUGGGGCCCAACCUACUGUGGCCACCUGAGAAAGAAGGGGACCAGGCCCAGCUGGACGCAGCCUCAGUGUCUUCCAUCCAGGUGGUGGGCGUGGUCGAGGCGCUGAUACAGAGUGCAGACACCCUCUUCCCUGGAGACAUCAACUUCAACGUGUCAGGCCUCUUCUCAGCCCUCGCCCCUCAGGACACGGUCAGCGACCAGCUGGCCUCUGAUGCGCUUCCACCCGUUGCCGUGCCCACCCCAGUUCCAGCCCCAGCCCCAGCAGCUACCAAGGAAAGGACAGAGUCUGAGACGCCCCCCAGACCAGCCUCCCCCAAGGUCAACAGGAGCCCACCAGGGACGGCUGCCCCAGUGGAGGAUGUGGCUCGAAAGAGCGCUGGGAGCCUGGCUGCGGCGGUGGAGACAGCCUCAGGACGCCAGGCCCUGGUGGUGGGCAAGCCCAGCCCCUAUAUGUUCGAGUGCAUCACAGAGCACUUCAGUGUGGACCCCGCCCGCACGCUCAUGGUGGGUGACCGCCUGGAGACCGACAUCCUCUUUGGCCACCGCUGCGGCAUGACCACUGUGCUCACGCUCACAGGUGUCUCCUGCCUAGAAGAGGCCCAGGCCUACCUGGCAGCCGGCCAGCACGACCUUGUGCCCCAUUACUACGUGGAGAGCAUCGCAGACUUGAUGGAGGGAUUGGAGGACUGAGCCCACCUGACCUGCAGCCGCAGGCCCACCCCUUCCCCACUCCUUGAUCUUGUAGAUGGAGCCGAUAGGUCAUGAGCCGAGUUAAGUGCCACUGACUCCCUGGCCCCAGUUUAUGCACCCUGGUGGGGCUGGGACCCAGGAAAGUUUUGAGGCCCUUGCACCCUCUCCCAGCAGUGGCUGGGCACUCUUUGCUGUCCCAGGAGCUGGUCCACCAUGGGUUCGUCUUGGCCUAACCUAGCCAGGUGGCCUUAUUUCCUGUCAUCUCUCCUUAAAACCUGGGUCCUGAUACCAACUGAAAAUUUUCUCCAACCCUGAGCACUUAAUCCUCUCCCCUCUCCCUGGGCCUUGUAGAGCUCUACCUGUCCCUCAUGUCCUGGCCCCUGAGUUCCAGUUGACCAAUCAGCAGGUCUAGGUAACCAUAGCCCAUUAUUGUCCUAAGUGGACCAAUCCAAAGGCUAAGCGAUAUAACUCAUUGAUGCUGGGUUUUGAGGGUACCAAUCAGAAGGCUGUGACAAUGAUCCUUGCAUGUCCUAGGUCUUGGGUGGACCCAUCAGGAUACCAAGUAAUAAUGACCCAUUGGUCUCUUAGAUCCUGAAUAGAACAAUCCAGAAGUCUAAGAUAAAGUGGCCUGACUUGACCAUCCAGGGGUCCAGAUUCAGUCGAUAAAUAAGGGUCCAAGUUCUGAAGACGUCUUGCUUCUACAAAGAUUGUGGUGCAGUGGGCGGCUCUGGGGCUUCUGUGGCCAACAGCCCCACCCUUUCCCGGUCAUGGUAUCUGUACAGUGUUGAUGGUGGCCACAGCUUGGAAGGUGGGCUUUUGUGUCCCUGUGUGGUCAGUGUUUGCUGUGCCACCUCUCUCCCAUGCCCACUCCCAGCUAUUUAUUUAUUUAUUUAUUAUCGUGUGCCAGUGGGGGUGGGGGCUGGGCCUUCCCCACCACCUCCACCCCUGUUGUAACCAGUCCUUCCGUACUUAAUAAAGUGCGAGUGGGAGUGUU